UAGCUCUGAACUUUACCGUACCAAUUAAACUCAGACUAAACGCGAACGCAUAUCAAUAAACAAAAGACUGCACUGCAUGGCUUGCACCGACGCACACACGUGCACUUACACCCUACACAAUGACGUAAGUGCUGCUGUGAUGCAUUGGACAUACGGCCUGUCGGACGCAGCGCGCCCCUCCAGUCGGGUCGCAACUUGCAGGCUGUUGUAGUAUCCGGCAUUCGGCCGCCGACCCCCGCGCCGGGCGAACGUGACGCGUUGUGAAGUGCAGUGUUCAUGGACAGCCAACAUGGUGCGUUCUCUGUCUCAGUGGACGAAGACCCUCAGCUUCCCGGCGAGGCUGUCUCCCAACCGCACCUCCAAGGAGAGUGUGGUCAACGUGCAGCCGGGCUCCCCUGGAGUGUCCCCGACUCCGAGCGCCUCCUCGCUCCCCCAGGGAUCGGAUAAAACAGUUUCCCCUAUCCCCAUCACGGAGAUCAGCCAAAUCAUAUACCCGGAUCCGGAGUCUGAGAAGGCGAUCAUGGGAUCCGUGGUGUACUGCAUCCACCAUAAGGAAGGAUGCCAGUGGUCCGACGAGCUUCGCAAACUCAAGGCGCACCUGAACACCUGCAAGCAUGACGCGGUGCUGUGCGCGGCGCAGUGCGGUGCCAUGAUACCGCGGGUGCUGAUGCAGGAUCACCUCCGGUACACCUGUGCUCGCAGACGGGCUAACUGCGAUCAUUGCGGGAAGGAGUUUUCAGGGAGCGCUCUUGAGGAGCACCAAGGCAACUGCGGCCACGAGCCGGUGUACUGCGAGAACAAGUGCGGCGCCAAGGUGCAGCGCCGCCACACGCAGCAGCACAUCCAGCAGCACUGCAGCAAGCGGCUCGUGCCUUGCAGACAUUGCGGGCAGCGGUACACACAGGACACAGUAUCAGCGCACGGCGCGACGUGCGCGCGGGCGCCGGUGCCGUGCCCGCAGUGCUCCGCCGCGGCCACCAGGGAUGAACUAGAGACACAUCUGAGGGAUCACUGCUCGGCCGCCGGCGCCUGCGCGUUCAGAGACGCCGGCUGUCGGUUUAAGGGCACCCGGGCGGCGCUGGAGCGGCACACGGAGGAGUCCGGCGCGGCGCACCUGGCGCUGGUGUCGGCGCUGGCGGCGCGGCAGGCGCGCCAGCUGGACGCGCUCCGCGCCGCCGUGGCGCGCCUGGCCGUCAACUGCUCCGGCGCGCUCGUGUGGAGGAUCUCCGACUGGGCCGCCAAGAUGGCCGACGCCAAGUGCAAGGACGGCGUCGAGCUCGUGUCGCCGGCCUUCUACACCACCCAGUACGGAUAUAAGUUGCAGGCGUCUCUCUUCCUAAACGGCAACGGUGCAGGCGAGGCCACCCACAUGUCGGUCUACAUCAAGAUCCUACCAGGCGAGUACGACGCCCUGCUCCGCUGGCCCUUCGCCCACGCCGUCUCUUUCACUCUCUUCGACCAGAGCGCCUCGCCAGACAGAGCCUGCAAUAUCGUGGAGUCCUUCGUGCCCGACCCCACGUGGAAGAACUUCCAAAGACCGUCGAAGGAGCCGGACGCGCUUGGGUUCGGGUUCCCGAGGUUCGUGUCGCACGAGAUGCUGAAGAAGAGGAGUUUCGUGAAGGAUGACGUCAUGUUCUUGAGGGUUAAGGUGGAUCCGAGCAAAAUUGUCGCCGUUUAGGUUAAGA